AACAGCUCUCGGCGGCUCGAGCGCGGUCGUGCGAUGCGGCGCUUGAGACAACAGGCGAUCAGAUCGGGAUGCGAUUCGCUCACAUGAGAACAAAGGCCAAUAUGUAUAGAUGACCUACAGCAGGGUCUCGUGCGCGGAGGGGCAUCCCUGCAGCUGCAUGAUGGGGGAAACAGGCCGCAGCUCGUGGUUGGACUGCGAAGCUGUCUCUAAUCUGCGCAUCCAGGCCAUCCGCAGCGCAAAGGUCAGUGGCAUUGGCACUAACUGCUGCACAGCUGGGCGGCAGAAUGACGCGGUUGCCGCCGAAGGACCCCUGAAGCCACCUGGAGCCACCAGGCGGUGUGCCGGUAAUGACAUCACUAACAGCGCUACAGCAAGAGCACUAAGCUGGCGGGCAAUUUAGCGGACGAAGAUGCUGUGAUUCCACACCUCGGUAAGGUUACCAGAGCCUGCUGACUGAGCUCUCAAGCUUGCCGCCAGGCAGGCAGUGGACGCUCGUUUAUACCUACCUGUAU